ACCAAUUUUCACUUCUUACACAUACAUAUAUACAUGCAUACAUACAUAGAUAUAAUUAUAUUUAUGUACAUUAAUAUUGAAAAAGAAUUGAUAAUGUAUUUAAUAUCAACAUCUUCUAUAAACCCUUAAAGCACAAACUCCAUAAUCCCAAACCCAAAGCCACCAUCUCACCCAAAAAAAAAAAGAUCAAGACAACACAAGAAAAAAAAUACAGGAGGAUGAGGAACAAGGGACAAAACCAUAGCAGCAACAAGUUCCUGAGACUCAUCUCCAUACCCAUAAAAGCUCUCACCAAAGCCCGUGAUCUCUACGUCCGAAGCAUCACCGGCUGCGCCGCCAAAACCCACUACUCCUCCGCCGUUUUCGUCUCCUCCGCCGCAUUGCCCAGAAGCCGGAGCUCCUCCUCCGCCGUCUCCUGGGGAUCAUUUUCCGGCGAAGAAGACGGUGCCGACGAUUACAGAGAGCUCGUCAGGGCAGCCUCGGUGAGGAGCUUCGGACACAAGAACGAGAUUGAGAUGUUCCUGCGGGAAAAGCAGAGGAGCCGAGUGGCGGCGGCGGCGGCAGCGAGAGGAGGGUUGCCGAAGAGCAGCAGCGUGGGGAUGACGAGGAUCGAUGAGGAAGAAGAUGAAGGAGAAGGUUCUUUCAGUCAUAAGGUUUCUGAUAGAAUCUUGUAUCCCAGAAGCAGAUCCUAUGCUGUUUCAGGCAAAGCAAAUUUCUAAUUCCUUUUUUUUAAUCUUUAUUUUCUAGUUUUACUUAGGGAUAAUGUAAAAAAAAAAUGAUGAAGUUCAAGUCAUUUGAAAAAUCUACUUUUGAAUUGGUAGGUAAAGAAUAUGGUUGAUUCAAAUUUUUAUAUAAUAAUAGAACUUAUAUAUUAUUGCUA